AUGCACAGCCUCGCCGGCAGGCUCCCGCCGCAGACAGCCACCCCGCGCCCUCCCCGGCCCCUCCCCAAGGCCGCGGCCCGCGCCUCGGCCCCCGGCGCUAGCCGCUCGACCGCGGACGUCGCCGCGCAUCCCGCCGCGCCCGCCGAUCACCCUUCUCGGCAGCCCCCCAGCCCGGCCAGAUCCUCCAAAGCGCAGCCCUUCAUCCACGAGAUCCCGAAGAGCCGCUGGCCCAACGGCGUGCCAGCCGUGAUGGGCGCCCACCUGAUGGACUCCGGCGCCGUGGCACCGCUCUCGACAUCCAAGGGCGCGUUCAUGGACGUCACACGCCACCCGUUCCUGUACCCCGAUGGGGAGUUCGAGUGCGGCGUGAUGCAGUACCCGAGCCCCGCGCUGGCCGCGGAGGGCCUGGCCAAGAUGGUGCUGGAGGCGUCGGCCAGCGCGAUUGCGGAGCGGGGCGCGUUCACGCUGGUGCUGUCCGGCGGAUCGCUGGUAAAGUCGCUGUCGGCGCUGGUGGGUGGGGGCGCGGAGUUCGACAAGUGGCACGUGGUGUGGGUGGACGAGAGGGUGGUGCCGCACGACAGCCCGGACAGCAACUACGGGGCGGCCAGGGAGGCGUUCCUCUCCAAGGUGCCGAUCCCUCCCGCCCAGAUCCACGCCAUCGCCGAGGGGCUGGGCGCUGCCGAGGCGGCCGUGAACUACGAGGGGCGGCUGCUGGGCCUGGACGCGGGCGUCCUGCCGAGGGACGACGCCGGCAUGCCGCGCUUCGACAUGGUGCUGCUGGGGAUCGGGCCCGACGGCCACGUGGCGUCCCUGUUCCCCAACGCGCCCCAGACGGGGGCCACCGAGGGCUGGGUGCUGGCCGUGACGGACUCGCCCAAGCCGCCGCCAGAGCGGAUCACGCUCACAAUGCCGGCGAUCAACGCGGCGAGGGAGGUGUUGGUGGUGGCCCUGGGGGAGGGCAAGGCGGAGGCCGUGCAGCGGGUGCUGGAGGUUCAGGCCCUGCCCGGCGCGCUGCCCGCGCAGAUGGUGCGGCCCGCGGAGGGCCGCCUGACGUGGGUGCUGGACAGCGGGUCGGCCAGGGACCUGAGCAUGACGGAGUGGGGGAACAAGAAGGCGUUCCCCAGGAACGAGGCGUGA